GUCAGCAUAGCAGCAAGGUCGACAAAUCCUCCUAAGAGAAGCCCACCGCGAAGACAUUUGAGAAGGCUGAUGGCGAGUCUACGGACCGGCAGCAUCAAGGCCAAUAUUGGACACAGCGAGGGUGCAGCCGGUAUUUCAGCCUUGGUCAAGACGCUGCUCAUGAUUCGCCAUAACUGUGUUCCUCCACAUAUUGGGCUCAGGAUGGAACUAAACCACAAUUUCCCUCCGCUGAAAGAGCUAAACAUUGCUAUCAAUUCGGACUCUGAGCCCUUGAAGUUACAUGAACAGACUUCAAGACAUCGCCAAUCCUCUUCAGCUAUCAUACUGAAUUGUUUCGGGGCAGCUGGCGGGAAUACCAGCAUUCUUGUGGAGGGCUCGAAGAACCAUUCAAAGCUCAUCAGAAAAAAGCCCAAACACCGAGAGUUAUAUGAGACGUUGUCACGCAUCGUUGUUGUUUCUGGCAAGAGUUAUUCGGCCUUUCAAGCCAACAAAACGAGACUUCUCAAGUUCCUAGUUGAGGAGCCCUCUGCGGCGAUUGAUGGUGUAUCUUACACAACCUGUGAACGGAGAACUCACCAUCCGUACCGCUUCGCAUACAAAGCCAGAAAUACAACUGAGAUCAUCAACCUUCUUUCCGAAGAUUCUAGAGACACGAGUGAAGUAUCGCCACCAUCACGGCAUACAUCACACACGCCGCACAUUGUCUUCGUGUUCUCCGGGCAGGGCGGAAAAGUCGCCGGUUCGGCCCAGCAGUUAAACGACAGCAACAGCGCGUUUCGGGAAGCUUUACACGACUACAGCCAACUCAGUGAAUCUCUAGGCUUCUCCGGAGUCUUGAAAUAUCUCAUUACCCCGAAUACAGUGGAAACCUCGUCAAGCACCGCGUUAGAGCAGGUUGCACUCAUCGUAUUUGAGCUAGCUCUCAGCAAGAUGUGGAAGACUUGGGGCGUUGAGCCCGCGACUGUACUUGGCCAUAGUCUUGGAGAGUACGCGGCUCUCCAUUUAAGCGGCGUUGUUUCUGCUGCGGAUGCCAUUUGGCUCGUAGGCAAGCGGGCAGGCUUAGUGCAAAAGUCUUGCAAACCUGAUACCCACCGGAUGCUGGCUGUACUGGCCGAAGAGGAACAGCUCAUUCCAUUCCUGGCAGGCUGCGACGUCGAAAUUUCAUGCAGGAAUUCACAGCGGCAGACUGUAGUUGGUGGGCCACUCGAUAAUAUCCUACAAAUGCAAAGUCGUCUUAAGGUACAUGGCAUCAAAGGUGUCUUGGUUAAGACACCAUAUGCCUUCCAUACGGGUCAGAUGGACGGGAUCCUGACGGAGCUGCUUGAUGUUGCCACGCAAGCUUCUUUCGCCAGUCAACCACAGAUCAACUUUGUUUCGACGGUAAUAGGAUCGUUGGCCAAUACCUGUCCGUUCUGGCCUAUGCAUAUUACCCAACACGCCCGUCAACCUGUACUGUUUUCGAACGCCAUUGAGUCUGCAAUGAGACUCAGUCCUGGGCGGAAGACCAUCUUCCUGACCCAUUCACCGACCUCAAUGUGCAAAGACAUGACUACUGCGAAUAUCACCCCGGCGAGUGAAGACAUGGCUGAGGUUCUCGAAGCUACUGGCACUGGAGGCCAGGGAUGCCUUGAUACUAUUGCCUUCAGUGUCAGUAGACUUUACAGUUCUGGGGUUGACAUCGACUGGAGCCGCUAUCACGGCGCGAUAAAACAUGGCGGAAGUCUGCUUGAGUUACCAGCCUACGGCUUUGACCUGAAGAACUUCUGGAUUCCUCUAGCGCAAAUCCGUCAUCUUCCUUCACCAUCACCAUCAAUAUCAAUAUCGUCGUCGUCAUCAUCACAGCCAGAUACACCUGUUUCUGGAUGUACCCUCGACUCAGAAGACGACGAAAACACUAGGGCGAAACAUGUGACGAAUCUCCAAGAAGAGCCACUGAGAAGUCUCAUACUUGGCCAUGUAAUCCGAAACAAGGCCAUAUGCCCCGCCGGCGUGCUGAUCGACAUGGCCUUCGCCGCUGUGCUACAAAGCCCAGGCGAACGGGUGGGCCUCGAGUCCAUCG